CCGCGCGACGCGACGACUCGCGACGACGGCGACGAUGGCGCUCGCGGCGGCGGCGACGACGACGACGACGACGACGCGCGCGCUCGCCGCGCGCGGGCGCGUCGCGCGCGACCGUCGCGCGCGCGCGACGACGCGACGCGACGGUUUAUCCAUCGGCGCGGCGACGACGACGCCGCGCGCGCGCGCGGCGUCGACGACGCGCGUCUCGAGCGCGCGCGCGCGCGCGACGGUCGUCGUGAGCGCGCGCGCGAGGUCGCGAACGACGGCGCGCGCGGCGGAGGGCGCGGCGGCGGCGCCGAGCCCGAGCGGCGCCGAGGGUAAGGCUGGGUUCGACUUGGGCGCGCGCGUCAGAGCGAUCGCGUUCUUCGUCACGUCCUUCUCUCUCGCCGUGCCGCUGAUAUGCAUCAUGGCGAUGCUGUUUCCGCUGUGCUGGGUGUUCGAUCGCACGCGGAGGAGCGCGCUGAGCUUUUGUAACGACGUGUGGGCGACGGUGUCGACGGCGCUCUUCUUCCCAAUCGUCGUGGAGGGACGGGAACACCUGCCGCGUCACGAUGAGGCGGCGGUGUACGUCGCGAAUCACGCGUCGUUUAUGGACAUUUACUCGAUGUUUCAUCUGCGACGGCCGUUUAAGUUUAUCUCGAAGACGAGCAACUUUUUGAUUCCCGUCGUCGGGUGGUCGAUGUUUCUCACGGGGCACGUACCGUUGAAGCGCAUGGAGCGUCGCUCGCAGAUGGAGACGCUGAAGAAGUGUCGGGAGAUGCUCGCCGAUGGGGGUUCGGUGUUAUUCUUUCCCGAAGGCACGCGAAGCGCGACUGGGAAGAUGGCGGCGUUUAAAAAGGGCGCGUUUAGCGUCGCCGCCAAGGAAAACGUGCCAGUCAUCCCCGUCACCAUCGUCGGCGCCCACGAAGCCAUGGCGAGCGGGAAGGAGUACGAGUUGCACAACGCCGGCAUCAAGGUCAUCGUGCACCCGCGAAUACAAUCCACCGACGCCGACGAUCUGUGUGCGCGUUCGGAAAAGAUCAUCAAGGAGGCGCUCGUGAACAACUCGUGAGCGGACGACGCGUCCGCGACUCGACGACGAGCGCCCCGAUUCACCUUUCCCUCGCGCGCGG